AUGUGGAAGGUUGCAUGUCACCGCAGGCCGUUUUCCAUUGCCCCACAUGGCCCCACAGUGAGAGCAUUCAAAGCAGCAGCACCAGCUGGCCUGAUGUUGUGCCAGGGAGCUCACUGUGUCAACAUAUUGAUCUUGGCCUUUGUUUUGGGCUGGUGGUCUCUAGCUAACAUCAAAGCACAGAUUCUCCGCAACGAUGGGCUUCAACUGGUGGAUAUCAUUGUGGCAUCGUGGGAUCGUCAGGGCUGCACAGUGAUCUACAAUGACCACAUCCCUAUUUUCCCACCAGUACUGCCAGCAAGGAGUGCUGUUGCCUGCAACCAACCCUGUCCCUUUGCCAACUUGGCGGUCUUACCUCUCAGAUGCUUGCAGGCAGCAAGGCCGCUGGUGCCUGCCAUCAAACAAACGAGAAUUCUGGGGCUGCAUCUGCAAAUGCCUAAAUAG